GCGAAAAUAGAUUUCGAGUUGACGAUGUUGUGUGGAAUAACAUUCUUCAUUCAUCAUGGAUGAUUGGCAAAUUUGUCCAAGAUGCAAGACAACGAAGUACAGAAAUCCAAAGCUAACGCUGUGGGUGAAUGUGUGCGGCCAUAAAUUGUGUGAAGGCUGCAAAGACACACUUUUCACCAGGCCCUCUGCAGCAUGUCCUGAAUGUAACACACCACUGCGACUCAAUGACUUCAGACUUCAACAGUUUGAAGAUCUUAUAGUGGAGAAAGAGGUGGCCAUCAGGAAGGAUAUCCUAAGGAUUUACAACAAGCGUGAGGAAGAUUUUAAAUCUGAACCAGAUCCCUUAAGAGCAUACAAUGACUAUCUAGAAGAUGUGGAGAGCAUAAUAUGGAAUCUUGCAAAUGGACAUGAGGUUGAUGAGACAAAGAAGCAAAUUAAAAAGUAUGAAAAGGAAAAUGAAUCACUGAUCAGGAAAAACAAGUUGAAGUGGGACAGAGAAGAAACUUUCGUUCAGCACCAGCUUGAUGAGCAACUCAAACAGGAAGAGCUGCGACGUGUACAAGCUGCUAUGUUGGAAAAACAGGAGAGAAAUGACAAACAGAAAGAAAAUGAGGAAUUUCUUGACAAUCUGGUCAAAGGGGAUCGUUCGCUGGAUGACAUUAUAGCUGAACAUGCAAAUAAUUUGCAGAAGAAAUCUUUGCUGUUUUCAGCGCAAAACACCCAAAUGACUUCAGUACAAAAAGAAACAUUUGCUCCAUUGCCGUUGGCUGAAGGACCCAAGUUCGAAUAUGUUGCUCCACAAGUGAUAACUGAUGGGCCAGUCGCUCCAGAAAUGGAAGUAUUAGCUGCAAGAGGAUACCUUCGUCAUAUCCGUACUGCCACAGAAGGCGAGAAAGCGGGAGGGUAUACGUCUGAACUAGCCUGUGGCAGAGCAAUACAAGAAGCCUUUUCGGCGCUCUAUAUAGGUGCUGAGUAGAAAAGAGUACCACGAAGAUUUUUACGGAACAGUCGCUUCUUUCUUCUAAAAAUAGCCUCACACGUUAAAACUUCGAGACUCAGUUUUUGGGAAGAUCUGACGCAUUUCGCCCUUGUAUUAGUGAAAGGUACUGCGAGAACUUGAAUAUAGACUAAGUUUGUAAAAUCACUUUUUAAUAAAUGUU